AUGCCGUCACGUGAUGCACCGCUCACCUACCUCUUCAUCGCCAACUUCCUUGAACCAGUGGCAUACAUUCUGACGGUUAAAAUGCUACGCCGAAAGCCAACCGCUAUUGCCAUCACAUCCGAGGAUCUUGCCGCCUUCGAGGAAGAACGACUCCGCAAAUUGUCGGAAGAAAACAAGCACCCGGAGCAGCACGUCAAGGGAUCCUCCAACGCCAACUUCGACCCCAGCGAUGAGUUGAAGCCACUUCCCGGUGACAAGGCCAGGAUUGUGCGGUCACGCGAAGAAAGGAUAGGCAUUGGCCGACGUGGUUGA